AUGGCUACGAAACAAGCCCACAAAAGAUUGACUAAGGAAUACAAGUUGAUGGUGGAGAACCCUCCUCCAUAUAUUCUUGCCCGUCCCAAUGAAGAUAACAUUUUGGAAUGGCAUUAUAUCAUCACAGGUCCUGCAGAAACUCCUUACAAAGGCGGACAAUAUCACGGCACCUUGACUUUCCCAUCAGAUUACCCUUACAAGCCGCCUGCCAUCAGAAUGGUGACACCUAAUGGACGUUUCAAGCCCAAUACACGGUUAUGUCUUUCCAUGAGUGAUUAUCACCCUGAUACCUGGAAUCCUGGUUGGUCUGUAUCCACCAUUUUGAAUGGGUUGCUUAGUUUUAUGACUAGCGAUGAAGCUACGACGGGAUCAGUUACCACGUCUGACCAUCAAAAGAAGAUAUUGGCAAAGAAUUCUCUAAGUUAUAAUGCCUUUCAAAAUCUAAGAUUCAAACUGAUUUUUUCUGAAAUUGUGGAAGAAAAUGUGCAGAUACUAGAGAAAAGAAAGCUAGUUGAGGGGGACGAUGCGAACGCAAGCGAUGAAGCAGAAGAUGCUUUUACCAAAGCUGCCAAGGAGAAAGUUAUUUCGCUGGAGGAAAUUCUGGACCCUGAAGAUAGAAUACGUGCUGAACAAGCAUUGAAGCAAUCAGAAAAUAACCCUAAGAAAAAUGGCCAAGAACCAAAUGGUAGUUCUUCCAUGGUUUACAUUGGCAUUGCCAUAUUUUUGUUUUUAGUUGGCCUCUUCAUGAAAUGA